ACAGAAACGGCUUGCAAGGGUUGCAUCAGGGCCGAUGGACUUCAUUGGUUUCGGGUAUGCAGCCCUUUUGACGUUUGGAAGCAUCUUGGGGUAUAAACGAAAAGGGGGUGUUCCGUCUUUGAUUGCUGGCCUUGGCGUGGGAUUUCUAGCCGGCUAUGGAGCUUACCGUGUCUCCAACGACAGGCGAGACGUCAAACUGUCACUGUUUACAGCUUUCUUCCUCACCACCAUCAUGGGCGUGAGGUUUAAGAGAUCCAAGAAAAUAAUGCCAGCUGGACUGGUUGCAGGUUUAAGCCUCAUGAUGAUUCUGAGACUUGUCCUACUGCUGGUCUGAGAAGUCAAGGGGAAUGGAAAACGAAAACCUGCUCUUCUUAUUUAGAAGCUAUAUUAUAAAAUAGAAGUUUUCAGUAUUCUGUUAGAAACAGAAGAAACAAUCAUCUCUAAAAUAAACUGCUUUAGGGCUUUUUAAACAAAAACUUUUAACCAUUGCACUCUAAUUGUCAGGCACUGUUUUUACUAAGCUCUAACAAAUUGUGAUAUCUUUGAUCUGCUUUGUUUAGUUUUCUGUAUAUGGCAUUCUUUUUUUUAAAGGAAAUUCAAUAAGUUUGAAUUAAACUAUGUACGGCUCAUGAGAUAAUGGAAUACGCUAAGUGGAAUUCAGAGAAUGUAAGUGUAUUUAGUUGUCAUUUGUGUUAUUUUAGAAAGUAUGUCUUUUAUAUUUUAACUGUAUUGAUGCCUGUAUUUUUCCUUGAAAAAUAUCCCAAUCUCUGAGCACUCUGUAAACUUAUAAUAUAUU